ACUGACCCCCGCCAGGUCUAUCAAGCAGAUACAAAAUGGGCCUGCAGUGAGAGUGAGUAGAGGAUUAAUUGGGAAAAAGUGGAAGUCAAGAUUGGCCACUGCAAAUCAAUCUGUGAUAACAAAGGGAAAAACGAAACGAACAAGCGAGAGAGAUGAGUUUAAGGUGGUUAGAAGCUGUUCUUCCACUUGGAAUCAUUGCUGGUUUUCUUUGUAUUAUGGGUAAUUCUCAGUAUUACAUCCACAAAGCUGCUCAUGGCCGGCCAAAGCACGUUGGAAAUGAUAUGUGGGAUGUUGCUAUGGAAAGGCGGGACAAGAAAAUGAUGGAGAUGCUUGCUUCUCCUUCUUCUUCUUCGUCUUAGGCCAUGUUUCUCAUUAUAUGGAAACCUGCAUUUGGGAAUAAACUGGUCUCCGAGGCUUGAGAUCAUGUGCAAAGUACUUUAUUAUCGUCUUCUUCCUUUUCUUGUUGCUGGAUUUCCAUAGCCUAGGAGCUUUAUAACAAUGAGACAGUUGUGAAAUGCUUUUUUGUUGAAUCUUGUGCAGUUGUUGGUUUGUGUUUGAACUUUUGUGGAAUUUUCACUAUUGACCCUUUACUUGAAAAGAGUGAUUGACUGGAA